AUGUUGAUUUUUGAUCGACGGAGAGGUCGCCUUGUGAACGAUUUGGCCAGGUCGCUUUGUGAAGGAUUAAGGCCACAAGGAAGUGAUUGUGGUAUCGUAAAUGUUAAUAUCCCAACAAAUGGGGCUGAAAUUGGUGGCGCUUUUGGCGGUGAGAAAGCUACUGAAGGCGGCCGUGAAGCUGGAAGUGACUCUUGGAAACAAUAUAUGAGGCGUUCAACUUGCACAAUCAAUUAUGAAAGUGAAUUGCCUCUUGUCCAAGGAAUAAACUUUGGAUAG